GUACCAUGAGCCACUAGAUGGUGACAAACAGAUUUCGGUCAACGGUUGACUAUAAUGAACACAGAUAUUUACAUAGCCAUUUCGUUUUGUGGUAUAUAAUGGCUUAUUAAAUGCCGCUAUAUAAAUAGCCAGCUGUGUGGAUGAGGUUCUAAUAAUUAGUUUAAGGCUCUUUAAACUGAAGCUGGCAUCUUUUUAUUGUGAUUACGUUCUUAAUACGGCGAAGGUCCAGCUCAUGAAUAUUAAUACUGUUAUUUUGACGUUGCUCAGAAGCAUACCCAUUGCAGAGGCUUGGCUCUUGAAUAUUAAUUAGAUAAUAGUGACGCUUCUUUAAUGCCGUCCAAUAACAAAAGCGUGUCUUAUUAAUAUUAACACCUACGCUUCACCAUAGGACUAAUCGGAGAAUCGCGGUCGGGAAGCAGGAGAGCUCACUCUGGAAACGGCAAGCGCUUGGUCUCUGCUGUUAAAACGGACCACGUAUAAAUCCUGCGUUACUGGGAUGGAAAAACCAACACGGGCGCCUUAAAUUUGCGUUGAAAAGUUCGAAGAGCCUCAUCCUUGUCCGCGAGCCGUAGCUUAGAGGUCCUGUUUGUGUGUCUUAGAAAGUGCCACUGCGCCUCAUGGAAGACAAGAGGAAGAAAAGGAGUCCCAAAGUGUCCCUUCCCCAGCCUCCUCCUCCACCAAUCAACCCUCGAAAGCUCACCGUUCUCCCAGCGAGCAAAAGUGCCACAUUCUCAUUGGGUUUACCCCAGCCCCCCUCCCCCAAACCCCGAGGCAAGUUCAAGAGAUCGGUGGGGGCAAUGGGCCCUUCUAAAGAAGCUCUCGCUGUUCCUGUGGUUCCCCCCAAAAACACAAGGCCUCACAGAGAGAAACCCAGAGCUCCUCAGCCUGCUGGACCCAGCCGAGUGUCCCAGUCCUCCUCACCACUCCAGCACUCAUUCCUCACCGACGUCUCUGAUGUGAGAGAGAUGGAGGGAGGACUGCUCAACCUGCUCAAUGACUUCCAUUCUGGAAAACUACAGGCUUUCGGUAAGGUGUGCUCCUUUGAGCAGCUAGAGCACGUGAGGGAGAUGCAGGAACGUCUGGCCCGGCUGCAUUUCAGUCUGGACAGUCAUGUGGAGGAGCUGUCUGAAGACCAGAGAAAAAACGCUUCGGACCGCAAUCUAGAACAUUUGCUUUCUAAUCUGGAAGAAUUGAGCAGCUCAAUACAGAAACUCAACCUGGCGGAAAAUCAAGACUUACCCAAGACCUCCAGCACCUGAAGCGGGAAACCAAAUCCAGCUGACCAUCAAAUCACUGUGCCGACCAAAGCCCAAGUUGCCAUGGCUACAACUCAACUGCAAGUUACUGAAGCACCAUCAUCGUUAUCUGUGGCUAAUGCAAUGCUAAAUGAUGGCAACAGCAUCAAAGCACAUUCUCCAUGUAAACAAAAUUCAACUGCAAAAAUGGCAGUUCUUAUUUUUUAAAUGCUUUGAUCUUAGCAUUUGAGUUUUAAUAAUUCCAAUGAUUUUGAGCCUAAAAGCUAAAUCCCCCCCUCUUUGUUGCAGUGUUUAAAGGGAUAGUUCACCCAAAAAUGAAAAUUGUCAAUAAUUAUUCACCCUCUUGUCGUUCCAAACACGUAAGACAUUAAAGGUUCAUCCUCAGAACACAUAUGACCCUGGACCACAAAGCCAGUCUUAAGGGUCAAUUUUUGAGAUUUAUACAUCCUCUAAAAGCUGAAUAAAUAAGCUUUCCAUUGAUGUAUGGUUUAUUAGGAUCGGACAAUAUUUGGCU